ACAUCCACUGAUAAUUCAGCAGCUGAGGAACUCAGCAAAGCCUGCUCCAAACUUCUCAGCUGUUGACAGGCUUGACUUGCUGAGAACACUGGUUAAAUAUAGCACAAGCGAGCUGAGCUCAACAAAGUCAUUGCUGUAACACUGUGUGAAGAGACCAGAAGAGGGGAAAUACAAUCUGAGAACUAAACUGCCAAAGCCUAACACCACCUAGCAACAGUUGAAAAAACUUUUAAACAAAAGUCUGGGUGAGACACAGACAGAGUAUACCUCCUACUUCUCCUGCCUGGGAUUUCUGCGAGAAGCAGCUCCGGUCUUCUGCUCUCUACCUUGUUUCCUUCGUUACUUCAACUGCUGGUAGACCAAAAAAAGUGGGAGAAGUCUCUGUGAUCUCCUGAGCUGGAUCAUUCUACUCCUGUGGUAGUGCUGUGGGACAGGCUACUGUGAUCUUGCACUGUAAAGGAUAUAUUCCCAGGUCCGUGUUGCUGACAGGGAGCAGCAGGGACCCCAGUCAGCCUCAGGUGGGAGCAGCAGAGCGAUGGCACAGGGACACCUCUACCCUCGACUCCCUCCUCCCCACUCCGGACCUAGAUUCUAGUGAAGCCCCUGCCUUGGGAGCAUCCCUCGACACAGGCAGGGAUGAGGUCCCGAAACCAAGGUGGAGAAAGCUCCUCUAACGGGCACUUCUCCAGUUCCAAGCCUGUCAUCAGCCACGCAGAGAAUGAAAAACUUCAGGAGGAUGCCAAGAAAAAGAACAAACCUCAUCGGAAGGAAGAUGAGGUCAUGGUUUCAGCGACUGUCAAACGGCACUCAAAAUCACCUGCUCCUAGUGAGCGAAAGAACAAGAAGUCCAUAGAGCUUUCUAAAGAAGACUUGAUAAAACUACUUAGUAUAAUGGAAGGAGAAUUGCAGGCAAGAGAGGAUGUGAUCCACAUGCUGAAGACAGAGAAAACCAAACCUGAAGUUUUAGAAGCUCAUUAUGGAUCUGCAACUCCAGAGAAUGUGCUUCGAGUGCUACACAGGGAUGCCAUCCUUGCCCAAGAAAAGUCUCUAGGGGAAGACGUUUAUGAGAAACCGAUUUCAGAGCUGGACAGACUUGAAGAAAAGCAGAGGGAGACGUACCGGCGCAUGCUGGAACAGCUCCUGUUGGCAGAGAAGUGCCACCGUCGCACCGUUUACGAGCUGGAGAAUGAGAAACAUAAACAUACAGAUUACAUGAACAAGAGCGAUGACUUUACCAACCUCUUGGAACAGGAGCGGGAGAGGUUGAAGAAACUUCUUGAGCAAGAGAAGAUCUAUCAAGCCAGGAAGGAGAAGGAGCAUACAAAGAGAAUCAAUAAACUAAGAGAAGAACUAGUCAAGCUCAAAUCAUUUGCACUCAUGCUGGUGGAUGAAAGACAAAUGCAUAUUGAACAACUUGGUCAACAAAGCCAGAAAAUACAGGACUUAACCCAAAAACUAAAGGAAGAAGAAGAAAAGCUUAAAAUUAUUAGUGCAAAAACAAAAGAAGAUGGACAAAAACUGAUGAAAUUAGAGGCAGAACUUGAACACAAAACAUCAUCAUUUUGUCAAGAACAUGAAGAGAUGACUGCUAAACUGGCUAAUCAAGAGUCACAUAACAGACAACUAAGGCUCAAGCUGGUGGGGCUGACUCGCAGAAUAGAGGAGCUAGAAGAAACUAACAAAAAUCUUCAAAAAACUGAGGAGGAACUUCAAGAAUUAAGAGAUAAAAUAGCGAAAGGGGAAUGUGGGAACUCUAGCUUAAUGGCAGAAGUGGAAAACCUCCGCAAGCGUGUACUUGAAAUGGAGGGGAAAGAUGAAGAGAUCACAAAAACCGAAUCCCAGUGCAAAGAGCUGAAAAAUAAGCUGCAAGAGGAAGAGCAUCAUAGCAAAGAGUUGAAACUUGAAGUGGAAAAACUGCAGAAAAGAAUGUCAGAAUUAGAGAAGCUGGAAGAGGCUUUCAGUAAAAGUAAAUCAGAAUGCACUCAGCUGCACUUAAACUUGGAGAAAGAAAAAAAUUUGACUAAGGAUUUGAUAAAUGAGUUGGAAGUGGUGAAGACUCGAGUGAAAGACCUUGAGACAUCUGAAAGCAAGUUGGAAAAGGCUGAAAUAAGCUUAAAAGAUGACCUUACAAAGCUGAAGUCGUUUACUGUAAUGUUGGUUGAUGAGCGAAAAAAUAUGAUGGAAAAAAUAAAACAGGAGGAAAAAAAGGUUGAGGGCCUAAACAAGAAUUUUAAAGUUGAACAAGGGAAAGUUAUGGAUGUAACAGAGAAAUUAAUAGAAGAAAGUAAGAAAUUUUUGAAACUGAAAUCUGAAAUGGAGGAAAAAGUAUCUAGCUUGACAAAGGAAAGGGAUGAGUUAAUUGGCAAACUGAGAAGUGAAGAAGAAAAAUCAUCUGACUUGAGCUGUAGAGUUGACCUGUUAAAGAAAAGAAUUGAUGGUAUGGAGGAAGUAGAAAGAGAAAUUACAAGAGGUCGAACUAGGAAAGGAGCAGAGCAUGGUUGUCAUGAGGACAACAAGAUUAAGGAACUUACCAUUGAAAUUGAAAGAUUGAAAAAACGUCUCAAACAACUGGAAGUGGUUGAAGGAGAUUUGAUGAAGACUGAAGAUGAGUAUGAUCAGCUAGAGCAGAAAUUUAGGACUGAGCAGGAUAAAGCUAAUUUUCUUUCUCAACAAUUGGAAGAGAUGAAACUCCAGAUUGCCAAAACAAAAGCAAUAGAAAAAGGUGAAGUGGUGAGCCAGGAGGCAGAGCUGAGGCACAGAUUUCGUCUGGAAGAGGCCAAAAGCAGAGAUUUGAAAGCAGAAGUUCAAGCACUUAAGGAAAAAAUCCAUGAGCUCAUGAACAAAGAAGACCAGCUUUCUCAGCUCCAAGUCGAUUAUUCAGUUCUACAGCAAAGGUUUAUGGAAGAGGAAAACAAAAACAAGAGCAUGGGGCAGGAAGUUUUGAACCUGACAAGAGAGCUGGAGCUUUCUAAGCGUUACAGCCGUGCCCUGAGGCCCAGCAUGAACGGGAGAAGAAUGGUUGAUGCUCCCGUGACAUCCACCGGUGUGCAGACAGAUGCUCUAAGCAAUGAAGCAGCAGAAGAAGAAACUCCAGCAGUGUUUAUAAGGAAAUCCUUCCAGGAGGAGAAUCAUAUAAUGAGCAAUCUGCGACAGGUAGGUCUGAAAAAACCCAUGGAGCGUUCUUCAGUGCUUGAGAGAUAUCCUCCAGCAGCAAAUGAGCUUGCUAUGAGGAAAUCCUGGAUACCAUGGAUGAAAAAGAGGGAAACUGGGGCUCAGACAACUCCUGAUAAAGGAGCCCGAACCCACAGUAGUCCAGCACAUCCCGGGGAGGUUGUCCUUUCACCAAAGCAGGGUCAACCUCUUCAUAUUCGGGUGACACCAGACCAUGAGAACAGUACAGCAACUUUGGAGAUAACCAGUCCAUCCGCAGAGGAAUUUUUUUCAAGUACCACUGUCAUUCCUACUUUGGGAAAUCAGAAGCCACGAAUAACCAUCAUUCCCUCUCCAAAUGUUAUGCCACAAAAAGGAAAAGGCAGUGAAAGUCCCAUGGGCCCAGAUCGUUCCAUGUCUCCAGUCACUAUAACAACAUUCUCCAGGGAAAAGUCCCCAGAGGGAGGGAGAGCACCCUUCACUGACAGACCUGCAUCGCCAAUUCAGAUCAUGACAGUAUCGACAUCUGCAGCGCCGGCAGAAAUCUCUGUCUCUCCGCAGUCACAAGACAUGACCAUGGGCAGGGCUGUCUUCAAAGUCACGCCAGAAAAGCAAACCGUCCCGACUCCAAUCCGCAAGUACAAUGCCAAUGCCAACAUUAUUACAACAGAAGACAACAAAAUCCACAUCCACUUGGGCUCCCAGUUCAAACGUUCUCCCAGUGCCGUGCCUGACGGUGCGAGCCCUGUGAUAACAGUCCGACCGGUGAACAUCGCGGCAGAGAAAGAGGUGGUAACUGGUACCGUCCUUCGGUCCCCUCGGAACAACCUGUCCCCACGACCUGCAGCCAGCAAGGUGACAAGUACUAUCACCAUCACGCCUGUUACAACAUCUUCCACACGAGGAACACAAUCAGUGACAGGACAGGAUGGGUCAUCCCCGAGACCUACACCCACCCGAAUUCCUGUGUCAAAAGGUAUGAAAGCAGGAAAGCCAGUAGUGGCAGCCCCAGGAGCAGGAAAUGUGACAAAAUUCGAGCCUCGUGCUGAGACUCAGUCUAUGAAAAUAGAACUGAAGAAAUCUUCAGCCAGCAGCUCUGCCUCCCUGGGCGGGGGUCAGGGCUGAUGGCAGUGGCUCAGGGGAAGAAGGUCACAACCAAAAGAAAUGAAGCUGAGCAGACCAAUAAAUGACGGGUUUAAAGUUGUAUAAUGCUUCAACCACCUCAGCAAGCUGUGAAGGCCUCAGUGGUUAAAACAGAAAGCAAGUUGGGAAGACCACCAAUAAAUUAUAAAUAAAAUUCACAGAAAGAGAAACGCACUGGUGGGUCAAAUACAAAAUUUGGUCUGGGAGAAGAUAUUUGGGGGAAGAACUCUGUCACCGAAGGUCAACAAAAUUAUAUUCAAUCCAAGCAAUGUUUAGUUUUCCAUCUGCUUUGCAUUGCUCUCCAAUUUCACAUCCGGAUAUGACAAUUAUCCCAUUGUAAAGCUGGCAUUUUGUUAUUUCCAUGAAGGGCAUUUUUUCUUUGCCACAUUAAAAAAAAAGUAGGUUUUGUUUUUUUUAUAUGUGUAGCACCUAAAAUGCCUGUUAAUUUUAAGGUUCUAGUUCCUAUGACAUCCAAAAAUCAGAUUCGUAUUUGUAGCAUUUUUUCAUAACUCCUAUUCCCAGUACUUUGGAUAAAACUUGGAAACUGGAAUAAGCAAGCAAUGUGAGUUAAUAUGUCAGAAAUACAUCAGAUCCUUUCAAGGAAUUCUUACCACUUAAAAGCCUCAGUAUGUCAAUAAAUCGUUGCUGAGAUCUUACUGUUCUUUUUGUAAAACAGACUUUUUAACAGAUAUUUAAAGGAAAAAAAGGGGUUUUUUUUCUGGAUAUUCACUCUAAAUACUCCUACUAAACUAAGCUGUAAGGUCAAAACAGUCAAAUAAUAUUGCAAACAUGAUCCCCAAGCUAAUGUAGCUUGAUUCAGCUGCCUGAAGCCUUCCUUGUGUCAAAGAAACUUAGUUCCUUAGUUAACUGUUGCCAUAUUCAAUGUUCUGUGUGUGCCUGUGGUUGAAAAUUUUGCUUUUGUUUGAGGUCUAAGAAACUAAUUCACCUGAAGAAACAAGCCAGCCUCACAGUACCUGAAAUCUAGGGCACACAAACUGGCACAGCUAGAGCCAGAAUUGCAACACAGGAUGGGAGUUGCUCCUGUAGAGUCAGUAGGAUUUGAUGAGACAGACUUCAGAAAUUCCAGAGACAUCAGACUUAGGAUCCUGUUAUUUUUCCCCAGGGGCUGCGCAACAAAAUGGACUUUUGCUCUGCAGCAGAAGUCUAAAGAGUUGGAAUCGGGUAGCUGGUUAAACUGUUAGGUAACCAGGUAUUUCGUUAUACUCAAAACUUUUGACAUCUGUUUUAAUUGACCUAACAUUCUUGUUUCCUAAAGGUGGAAGGGUAAGAUGAAGACAAAAGAAAGCCUAUAGUUCAGAAGUCUUAAAAGUUCAAGCCUAACUAUUUGUAUUACACUGAAAUUUCCUCUGAAGCCAGUUAUGUUUAGUGACUACAGUAAGAUUCUCCAUUCAGUAGGUCAGCCCCAAAAGGCAAUUUAAACAACCAAAUCUAAAAACAAUGCCUAAGCCCAAAAGGCAUCCUGAAGAUCUUCCUGAUGUUCUUUCACAGACCUUAUCUAGUCAGUGUUUCUGUUAUGACUUAAAUGUAGUGCUGCAGCUGCUGUACCUCACUGAGAUCCAUAAUGCAGGUAUUCUUGUAUUUCCUCUGAGGCUUUUAAGUCAAGCCAGGAUUUCAUGGUCACUUAAAGUCAGCAUGUAACUCCACACUGGACUGAAAAGCUGUAGUCUUGUCUUUGUCACCUUUAGCCAAGAAAGUACUUACUGACUAUGUGGUAGUCCUUUGAGCCGGCACAAGUGUUUGAAUUUAACUGGGGAACUGAUCUGAAUUUAAAGGAAUCUGGCAAAAAAGUGUAAAGGCUGGCUUUAACAUAGCUUAGGCCAGCCUUUAACACAGGCUCACAGGCCAGGAAAAGAAAGAAGGAGGGCACAGGAAACCAGUUGGUGUUUUAAAAUGACUCUAGGAUCAUGAAUGCCUUCUAGUAGAUCAAAUACCACACAAAUGCAGGGGUAGUGCUGCUUGUUUUCAAAAGCUUUUGAUUGAAACCUUUUUUCAAAGAUAGGAGACAGUAUCCGAGGAGACUCAAACCCACAGCAGCUGCAGGCAGGUUCACUAGUGGCACUGACAGCUGAAGAGGAAGAAGGUGGCAUUCUCAUUCCCUCCUGGAAAGGCUGUGCCGUUCUGCAUGGAAUGCUUCAGUAUUCACUGAGCAGAAACAAGGAAGUGGUUGAGGGGUCAGGAUAUUGAACUAGGAGGGAGCUCCCCACCCCCAGAUCUGUGUCCCUGUUCCAAAGGCUGCCUUUGAGCCUGGCCCUGUUGAAAAGGAGGCUUAUAAGAUGAAGUGUCUGUGUUCAUCCAUCCUUCCAUCUCUCUUUCCCUGAUGAAUAACACUGAACAACCAACCAAUUUCAUGCAAACCUGACAGAGCGAUAGGGAUCUCCAGAAUAAGAAGUUUUUCCAGUUUAAUGAAAAGGAUGGCAGAGAAGAGGAGCAAGACCUUAGCAGUGCCUCACUGUGUGGAAGAGUAGGGCAUGAGCUCACCUUCAUACAGCAUCAAAGAAUGAACACAAGAGUGAUGUCAUAAAUGCCACAAGGACAAGCUUUGUUCAGACCUCAGAUCUUACUAGGCACCAAAGAAUCAACCUCUGACACAUCAAUCCAAAGGAUAAUAUUAGGGCUUUAUUUACAGGGCUUUCGUGUUUUCUACAUUAAUGGAUUAUAAUGCGUAAUAAACUAAGCCUUCCUUCAUGAUCAGUUGGAAUCACUCAUCCUUAUGCUUUCUCUCUCUUAACUUUUUUCUGUCAUUUUGUUUGGGUUUUUUGUAAUGAAGUGGAACAAUUUCAGUAGCAAAAUAAUUCACUCAGAAUCAUAAUGAUAGUUACAAUGUCAGCUGGAGAGAAGCCCUGUUUUGGCUGAUUACCUGGCCGAAUAACCAGUUGUGAUAACUCAAGCCCAGCAGUAGUAAUACAUGGCUUAGCACCAGCAGUAAGGUGGAGACAGGAAGGAGCAGGGAAAAUGCCAACCAUUCAGGAGCAGCACACAGGGACUGAGAAGGUACACCUUCAGUUCUCCAGAUGAUCUCUCUGAUUUUAAGUCUAGUUCUUAGCAAGUUUUCUACUGUGUUCCCUGAGUUAGAUCCCAUCACCAGACUUACUGCUACAUAGGGGUAUUGCUAAUGUAGUCAUUAGUAGAUCAAUACAUUUGACUAAGUGUGACUGAAAAAGGAGCACAGAGCUUCAACUGUAAUGCCUAGAGGAAUUUCUCUCAGAAUAGUAAACAUCCUAAGCAAAUGGUAGAAGAAAAAUAGAGAUUUUUAUUUACUUUGCUCACCUUUUUUCCUUUUGUGACACCCAUUGGUGUGAUUUUUCAAAAACCAAACACUUUGUGACUCUUUGUAAUAUGCCCGUAGAGAACACUGUAUUUAAACCUCAAACCACUUACAGCACACAGUAAUUACCACCAUGGGAGUAAUCUCCAAAGCCACAUUAAUAUGUUGAUCCAUGCCAACAGGAUGCCAAGUCAUAUGUCACUGCUUGAAAUAUGCCAUGCAGAUUCUAAAAUAUGCUCAGUGUUUACAUGAAUAUUCAGUAAUUCUGAUCAGAUGUGGAAGAGCGGGUCUUUAAAUAGAGUAAGCUACUGUCCCGCUGGGUUUCAGGUACUUGGCAUAAGCUGCAACAGUCAGGACAAUUUUCAGACCAAUUAUAUGUUCCCAUCACACAUCAGUGGCCAAUUUCAUUGAGUUGCUUUGAAACACAUAGUUUGCUGGCAGGACUUUUUGUGAGCUCAUCUUUUGAACUUGUUUUCAUUUAGGAGAAUGGUUUUCUCCCCUGUGUCAGUGUGAGUUAUCCUCUUUCUCCUUAUUUUGCUUGAGCUCUCUUGGGCAAAAUUUUAUGCAAUAUUUCUCAUUAUAUAUGUUAACUUCAUUUUGAAUUUUACUCCCUACACACUGCUCUCACCUUGGCUUUUUUUCCUUAAAAUGUAACCAGGGUUAACUACUGUCGGGUGCAGAGCUAUCAGCUCUCGGGUAUGAAACACUCAGGUGUGAAUGGUUCUCUAAACAAAAAAAACCUCUCCUUGGGAUUUUAAAAACAGAAAUACUGAUGUAUGAUUCUGUCCUGUUGCUUGGGUGUGCAUUGUCUGUGGUACAUUCAUUUUUGUAUUAUCUGGUAAUACUUGUAUAUAUUGUAAGGAGAAAUUAAACUUUAUAUGUUAAAAUGUCAUUUGAUGUGCUUCAUUAUAUGAACUGGUAUCCUGAUGUGUUUGCUCGAGAAGUUCUGCUUUACAUCAGUAGGAUUGAAAGCAGAAUUAACUGCUUAACAUUAACUUCAUUUUCUUUUUCUGUCAUUAAAAUAAAUUGUUUUGUUUAAGUGAAUACUUAGCUCCUUGAAAUAUUCGCAUCUGGAAGCCUAGACAAAUUUAUUUAAUCAUAUCCUUAAAAUAUAAUCAUAUUCCUACAGAGGGUGGCCCAAAAGAACUCUGACAAAAUUGCCCCUACUCUGAUUUUAGCUUAGUAACUGUUCAGACACCUCUUCUAGUAACUACACAUGUGUGUGUGUACAUAAUAUAUAUAUAUUCAUACAUACAAAUCAGUAUGCAAGGAUUUUAAAUAGAAACAACUGAUACAAACUUAGAGUAUGUGUUGUCUAGGUGUGCGAAAAAUGAAUGAAAGAUAAGUAUCAGUGGAAAUUACUUGAUUUUUUAAAAAAAUAUUUUUUCUCCUUCUUUUUUCUGCACAAUUACUCUUUGGGUCUGUAGGAGAAAGGUGUCUGAUUCAGACACUGACUGUAGUUUUGCUGUUUAUUCAGUGACUGAGCCUUAACAAGAAGCAUGAUAUUUUUCUGCUGCCCAUUUUUUUAGAAUUUUGAAUCCUUAUUAAAUGUGCACAGUGAAUAUUAAAUUUUUUCUUUAAAAAUAAUGUUUUAAUAUUAAGAAAAUAAUUUGUAAAUGUAGCUUUUAACAACAUAUUCCACAAGAGCUUCAAGUUAGAACAGCACAAUUAAAACAGUAGGGUAAAAUCAUGCAAUAAAUAGUUUGUGGUUCUUUCACAUUCAGUGCUCAAAUAUGGUGGAACUUGUUGGAAUAUUUCUUGCUGAAAAUAUUAUGGUAUUGAUAAAUUUUAUGGAAAAUAAAUACUUUCAAUUCGGGAAAUUCUGUUAUUUCCUUUGCCUUAACGUAUUUUAUUGGACGUUGCCUCAGCCCUGGUCUCACUUCACCACCUAUAAAAAGCAGUACUGGGAUCUGCCAUCUAGUGGCAAAGUUCUGGCACUAAGAGUACAUGGAAAAUAUUUUCAUUUUUCUUUCUUCUUAGAAAGUAAUUUCAUGAAACACCUUGCAUAUAUUAGUUAGAAAGCAGAUAAAGGCAGAAACCAACAAAAAUGCAAAGUUUAUACAUAUAUUUAUAUAAAAUUUAUAUAUAUAUAUUUAUAAAAAAGGCAAAAAUUAUAUCAAUAGUGUCAUUUCUUGGGUCCUGUAAAGUUUGAAAAUUUUUCAUACUAUUAAGAAAGGAAGGUAACAAAAGUAAUUUCAAUUAAGAUUAAUAUUUCUGAAAAUGUAUAACCAUAUGCUUUAAUUAGUAUUGGUAUAAUUACAUUAUUUGAAAUGCAUAAAAUACACCUUUUCAGAGAAAAAUGUUAAUUGACAAUUAAAUUUUUAUAUUAAAAAAGUUGCCUGUAAGAGCUGUAUAUAUAGGCAGAAGAAUAGAAGACCAGGCCAUUAGGUCUUCAGCAUAUUAAUCAGGGUCAGGGACCUCUGAUACUACACACAGGGCAAAAUUAAUUCCAGCCUUUUAAAGAAAAUGCCAACACAUAGUUUUGCAAGUCAUAGCUGAAAUUUAUCCCCAUUGAAGUCAGUAGCAAAAUUCAAGAAGACUUGCUGAAUAAACACAGCAUAGGUUUAUAAACCAAGUUUAAAUUAAAAAAAAAAAAAAAA